GCACGCCGGGAAGUGUGGUCCGUGGCGGGCAGGGCGGUAAGAUGGCGGCGCCGGAGCUGCUGUCGGAUGAGGGGUACCGGGCGGACGGGCGCCGUCCCACGGAGCUCCGCAAGGUCCGGGCCCGCAUGGGCGUCUUCGCCCAGGCCGACGGCUCGGCCUACAUCGAGCAGGGCAACACCAAGGCGCUGGCUGUGGUCUACGGGCCCCACGAGAUGCGCGGCUCCCGCAGCAAGGCCCUGCCGGACCGGGCCGUGGUGAACUGCCAGUACAGCAUGGCCACCUUCAGCACCGGGGAGCGGCGGCGGCGGCCCCAUGGCGACCGGCAGGCCGGCGAGCUGGCCCUGCACCUCAAGCAGACCUUUGAGGCUGCCAUCCUUACCCAGCUCUUCCCCCGCUCCCAGAUUGACAUCUACGUCCAGAUCCUCCAGGCUGACGGUGGCAACUACUGCGCCUGCGUCAACGCGGCCACGCUGGCGGUGAUGGAUGCCGGCAUCCCCAUGCGGGACUACGUCUGCGCCAGCUCGGCCGGCCUGGCCGAGGAGACCCCCCUGGCCGACCUCAGCUCCCCCGAGGAGGUGGCGGCGGGCGGCCCCGGGCUGGUGCUGGCGCUGCUGCCGGCGGCCGGGCAGAUCGCGCUGGUGCAGCUGAGCGCCCGGCUGCACCAGGAGCGGCUGGAGGCGGCGCUGGAGGCGGCGGGGCAGGCCUGCCGGGCGCUGCACGCCGUGCUGGACCGCGUGGUGCGGGAGCGGCUGCGCGAGGUCACCGCGCUGAUGGGGGACUGAGCGGGGCGGGGGGGCAGCAGCAAUAAAGGUCUGUGUGCGCCAGGA